CCAUCCAAACACGCAAUACAUACAGGUGGAGAAGCUCAUUUGUCAGUCCUUCCCCACGCCACACCCUGCGUCACUGUGGCACGAGGGGAAAGAGUAGCAGAGCGGUGAAGCGGAAGGCGACGACAGGCCACUGACAGCAAGUGCAGCGUGACUGAAGGAAGCAGAGUCGUGCGUGUGGGGAAUGGCAACGCAUUCAAGACCAGUCCUCAAGGUGGCGGUGGAGCAGUGGGUGCCGUGGACCAAGGUGCUGACGGACGCUGACAGGACAGUGAGGAUCGAUGGACCGAUGGCUAACCUCCUUGACAUCCUAUCUAACGUUCUUAAGUUCAACUAUGAGUUGGUGCGCCCUUCGGACCGGGUGUGGGGCGGUCCCUUGCCGAACGGCUCCUGGAAUGGUAUGUUGGGCCAGCUGCAGCGCCAGGAAGUGGAGUUCGCUGUGGGUCCUUUCGGAGUGACUGACCUGCGGGAGACUGUGUGUGACUUCUCUACGCCUUUGUACAGCGAGAACAACGCGAUCUUGAUGGUGAGGCCCACGCUACAGAACGACAUGGCGGGGUUCGUGAAGCCCUUUACUGGACAGGUGUGGCUGCUGACGCUGCUGAGUCUGGCGGUGGUGGUGGCAGUGAUGACACCCUUAGCGACGACGGAAGUGAGGCUCUUUAAGUUAUCGAUGCGCUGGAGCUUGUCCAGGACCACCAUCUGGGGCCUGAAGGUGUUCACGCAGGAGGGGUCCGUGGAUGUGCCGCCCUUCACUGCCACCCGCCUGCUGGCCGCGGUGUGGCUGCUGGCAUCCCUGGUGUUCAUGUCCUCCUACAGCGGCAUCCUCACCGCCAUGCUCACCGUGCCGCGGGUCACCAUCCCCAUUGACUCCCUGGCAGACCUGGUGGCGCAGAAGGACCUCCCCUGGAGGCUGGAGAAAGGCUCCAUGAUGUUCCAGUACUUCAAGGAGGCGCAGGACGGCGUGCGGAGGAAGGUGUUCAUGGGGAUCUCAGGGACCUUUCCGGACUGCUGGGCGGCGCGCGAGGACAUUGCCACGGGGAAAUACGCGGCCAUUUGCGACAAGACCACUAUGAAGAAAGCCAUGUCGUGGGAUUUCAGCACCAGCGGCAAGUGUCACCUGUACAUCUCCCGCGAGCUCGUCUACACCAACGCUAUCAUCGCCAUGGCAUUCCAGAGCAACUCCACCUACCUCGCCCCUGUCAAUCAAAUCAUCCUAGCGGUGAAGGAGUCGGGCAUUCUAGACCAGUGGCUGAGUGCCCAGAUCACCAACACCAGCCAGUGCCUUCGCCCCCCAACCGCGGACCGCUCGAAGGGCAUUGCUGCAUUAAGUAUUGAGGCAAUGGCCGGUUCCUUCCUCGUGUUGGCGGGAGGUCUGGCCACCGGCACUGCAGUCUUUCUCCUGGAGGCCUCAAUACCCCGGCGAUGAAAGCAACAUGGAGAACCUUAAGACGUGUGCACUGACCUCUACUCGCCUCUGCCAGCGCUAAUCAACUGACACUUGUCCGUAACACCAUCGAUCGAUACACUUAUGCUUUUUUUUUAUCGCUAUACUGAAAAAGAUGUCUGAAAUGUUAAAUGUUGCGUAAAAUUAACCUGUAUUUGUGCUGAUCAAUACUCUUUUUCUCAUUCCGUAAGACUUCUUUUAUACUAAUUUUGCUGUCACGUAGUUUACCAGAAUUUAUUGUAAAAUGUGAAAUAUGACGUUAAAAUGUUCUUGUAUUUACCUGGAACCCUACCACUUGACUUCCCAUCCAACAAAGGGACCAGAACCACUACUAUUUCACCACCUUAUCCCCUCAGCUCCCUACCAAUGACCUGCACAUCAUCACUUCCCCACUACUCCCACUUCCCACCUAUCAUCCCCCAUCAUCCUCCACCACCAUCACCAUUACUCUGCCUCCGAACCCAAAACAACCAGCAAAAUCAUAAUACUGAUACCAAAUAAUCAGUUCCCAAACUAGGACCCUUCACCACCACCAAUCCAUCGCCUCCACGGCCCCCACCACAGACUUCAGCGCUGAUAGAGUGUGUGCAUAUCUCCUGGUGCAGAGAGACAAACGUACUCAAUAAAUCCUGGCAAUCA